AUGGAGAUAAAGGUUGGAUUUUAAGGCGGGGGCAGCUACCGGAAAGACGUACUCUGGUUGGAAGGUGGAGUGCCCGCCCAGGCGAGUGCACCUUAUUCUGCACCCCUGCGCCCGCCUCGGGAACUGCACGCGGCACCCCCACCCGCGACUCCCACGCAGACGGUAGCGAGGCCUGCUGAGUUCUGCGGGCGGACGAGGCUAAUGGUUUGUUCCACCCCGCCCACACACAGGCAACCCCCUGGUUCCUGCGACGAUUCAGGGACUCUGCAGGAAGGGGUUUGCUUGGCCUUUGCCCUCAGACUUAAGGGUCGAUGGCAUUGUCUUUAA